AUGAUAAAUGAGUCUCCCACGGACGAGUUCGCCUUCCUUAGAGGCCUUCAUCAAGGUGACCCAUUAUUCUCCUUUCUCUUUACUUUGGUGAUGAAGGCGCUUAAUGUAAUGAUGACUAAGGUGGUCGACUCGAGGACUUUUAUGGCGGUGAAGCUCCCCAAGGAAGGCAUGGUUUUAUCUCACUUAUUCUAUGCCAACGACGCACUUUUUAUUGGAGAAUGGUCGGAGUUUAACUUCAAGAACCUCAACCGUAUCUUAAGGUGUUUCCACAUGGCAUCGGGUCUAAAGGUUAGUUUAGACAAAAGUAAAGUGUUCGGAAUGGGGGUUGGAAACACCGAAUUAGAAGCGAUGGAAAAUAUUUUCUAG